GAACCUAUGACCUCGAGUCUACAAAAGGUAGUUGGAUCUUUGAAUUGCUCUCGUCACGCUAUCGACACUCGCUUUCAUGGAGGAGCGAUUGAGGAAGACAACAUUGCCAAAGUUAUACAAAGAUUUGUGACUACCACCGUGUCGCAGUGGUUUAGUAGGGAGCUGCAGUUGAUACCCUUGUCUCAGCAAUCUGCGGAACAUCUGAGCCGAACCUUAUCAAAAUAUGAAAUUUCCAAUACAGAAGUCAAUUUUGUCAAUCUGCCGAUUAUUUCGAAUGCAGUGGACGCCAUAAUCGAAGCUCUUUCAAAACCUUUGGCGGAUGAAGACGAGAUCUUCAUGGUUUGCCUUCGGCUUCUACUUUUCGUUGUGGCUGCUCGUAAACCAUUAGAUGCACGCACAGGAUGUGCAUUUCUUUAUAUUGCAUGGGAGCAAGUCCAACGUGUAAUGUUGAAGCAUGGAUGUGCUCCUCUCUUGAAAAUAGCUCAACAAAUGAAUAAGGGCUGGUCGCUGGAUGCUUAUCAACGAUUUAUCAACGAUUAUUUACCGUUAUACGAAAAGCAUCGACUAGUCAAUCCUUUUACUAGCGAGGAAGAAUGCCAGAAAUUUACCUCCACAAUCAACAUCAAAGCAAGUGAUGGAAUGGAUGUUGACAAAAUUGUACCACCUACGGAUGACGAGGAAAUAGUAUUCACACAAAAGCCUUCUCCUAUCGCCAGCGCCUUGCAUCUGAGUGUACUCAUGAAGAAGUUACAUGCUUUCUUUGCUACAGGAGCAUUCGAUUCAGUACGAGUUUGGUCUUUUUCCCCUAGCAAACAAGCAUUUUAG